AAUUAUUAUUUUCUUAGAGUAGUUAUAGCGAGCUUCAUUGAACGGACAGCCCAGAAUACCCAGGGACGACGCAGGCGCUGAAUGGAUGAAGAUCCUGGCGAAGACGAGCGACGAGCUCUUCGGGGUAGCAAAUUCGCACCACUCCCUUCGCUUCCAUUACGAACCCUACCAAGGUUGGCUCACCCCAAUGGACCCAUUGCAACAAACAAAGCUGCAGCAUUAGCAAAGUUUCUUGAAAGAAAGCUUCACCAAUCUGGUGGACUUAAUUCUAUAGAUCCGAAGCUUCUUGAGUUGGCUGUGAAAAAUGCAAAAGAAACCGUCAAUGCUAGCAAUGUUGGAGCCUCGAGUUCUGGAAGGGUUGUUCGUCAUGUUUCCUCUUUUGGUGACACUUCUGAGGAAGUUUGUGAAGAUUUGCAUGAUAAAAACAUAGAGGAAAAAAAGCUGAAGAAAACGAAACAUACAACGGUAUCUAUGAAUUCAAAUAGAGGAGCAAAAGUGCUAAAGAAAAAGAAGACAUGCAAGUUCAGAAGAGCAAAAGGAAGAAGUUCAAAACAUAAACAGCCAUAAUGAAUCACGGAGGAUUGCUGAAUUUAGCUGGUUGAUAUGCGAGGACAGUAUAUGCUGCUGAAUAAAACAGAACGGGAGGAGGGUUUAUAGCUAGCCAUUUACAAGGUUUUGUAAUUUUAUCCGAGUGGAAAAUUUAUUGAUAUAUAUAUUUUCUAUCAAUUGUUAACUUAUUACUGUACAGAUUUUGUGAAUCAACAAUAUACUAUCCUUUUUUUUUUAUUUGAGCAGCAGUUGUUGUGCAUUUUGUGGAUUUAAGUAUCCAUCAAAUCAGCUGUUAUUGUCCUUUAA